UAUUAAGCAUAUAUAAUAUUUCUAGACUUGUUUGAGAUUGAGACUUAUAAUCUUUAUUGCGUUUUUUCUUGAUCAUACAAUUUUUAUACAUGCAAUGACAGGCGCAUAUUUUUAGAAAAGGUGUCAUUAAGCACAACUUCACAAUUUCAUUUAUCUGUUUGUGAAUUACUAAUUAUUAUGUUAGAUAGGUAGUCUAUAUCGCAAGCUUUUGGAAUGCAGUCAUUCCCUAGCGCCUGCGUGAACAUUGGAUGAUUCGUGCACUUAUCUACCCUUUUUCUCAUAAAAUAAUUUGGAUAUAUAUAGUUAUGAAAAAACAAAUCAACAUCAUUUAAAGUGAUAAAAAAGUAAAUUAAUUCGAAAAGAAAAGUAAAUUAGGUCUUAAAAAUCAACAUACUCCUAGAUUCAAAUACAUUUUACAUGCAAAAUUGAUAGUACAAUGUCAACAUCGCUUGCAUAAAAUUCUGUGUGCCCUAUUUUCUUGUCCUUUCGAAUUCUGUUACUAUUUGUUGUUUAUUGUCCCUUGACUAUCAUAUAGUUUUGUUAUAGUUUUUGUUCCGUUACUAUUAGGUGUUUUGUUAUUAUCUGUUGUCUCAUGUAUUACCGUUAGUUUUUUGGGGAUUGUUUUUCCUUGAACCGAGAGUCGAUCGAAAAUAACUUUGGAGGUAAGGUUUGCAUACAUUCUACCAUCUCUAGACCGCAUUUUGUAGGAUUACACUACGCAUAUUACUGCUUUUUUUCCCUCGAAACAAUAUAAUCUUAUAAUCGUGAAAUAUGUAUCAUUUUAUGCAGGAUAGAAGACGUUAUUAUCGAAGCACCAAAAAAAAUAAGAUGUUUGGAUUUAGUAUAAGAACAGGUAAGCAAAAUGCCUCAGGUUCACCAAGUUCAAAAACAGGAUCUCCAUCAUCUGUUGGUUCACCAAAAACAGCAGGAAGUACAGGUUCACCAAAGGCAGAAGUUGGUGAAAUUGACACAAGAGCACCUUUUCAAUCUGUUAGAGCUGCUGUUAGUUUGUUUGGUGAUACUGGUUCUUCACCCCAGGCUAAACCAACUAUUAAAAGAUCAAAAACCAUUGAAGAGAGGGUGUUAGAGAAGGAAAGUAGGCUUCAUUUGGCCCUAAGAGAACUAGAUGGCUUCAAAGAACAGAUAAGAAGUACAGAGACAACAAAAACUCAUGCUCUUCGAGAUCUCGAAAAGGCUAAAAGAACACUCCAGGAACUCACAGGAAAGCUCGAGACACUAUGCGAAACGAAGCAAGCAGCUAUUGAGGCAACAGAGACAGCAAAGGCCCGAGCCAUCGAGCUCGAAGAACAGAAAUCGAAUAAACCUCCAGUAGGCACAGAUGCUUGGAAACAGAAUGUUGAAGCUGAAAGAGAACAAUAUCGAACAUCUUCUGGUGAACUAAAUUCCGCGAAACAAGAGCUUACAAACCUCCGUCAGGACUUUGAUGCAGCCCUAACUGCUAAACUGGCCGCGUUUCAAGAAGCUGCAGAUGCACAGCAUAACGCGGCCAUCAAUAGAGAGAGGCUAGGUAAGCUCUCGAAAGAAGUCACUACAUUACGCGAAACAUUAGGACAAGUAAAAGUUGCAUCUCUCCAAGCACAAGACGAGCACGAAAAACUCAUCCAAGAUAAAGAAGUUCACUUACAAUCACUCAAAACAGCUAAAGAAGAAGCUGAAGAGAAAAUCAGGGCUCUCAAAGAGGACCCUGACUCUCAACUAGUAACAGAAAACCUCGUUGAGAAGCUCGAGGUAACCAACGAAGCAAUCCAUGUCUUACAAGAACAACUCAAUAAUGUCCGAGCCCUGGAUUUAGACGCGUAUAACAAAGCAAAUGAAGAGCUCAAUGCUACAAAGAACAUGUUGAAAGAGAUAGUCGCGGAGGAAAGUUCCCUCCGUGGCAUAGUUGAAUCUCUUAAACAAGAAGCAGAACGUGUAAAAGGCGAACUCAAUGAGCUCAACAAGAAAGCAGAGGAAACAGAGUCCCUAGUCGAAAAGUUGAAACUAGAGCUCGAAAACAGCAAGAAAGAACUCGAAACAAGCAUUUCAGCUAAAACACAAGCUGAAGGAGAUUCAAAUGAUUUACCUUCAAGAAUCCAACAGUUAACUUCCGAGGCGAAUCAAUACACAAAAGAAGCAAAUGAGAUGAAGAAAAACACAGAGUUACUCAAACAAGACGCGCAAUCAGCACAUGAAGCAACUAAAGAAACAGAGGAUAAGCUAAAAAUCGCGCUAAAAGAAGCUGAAGAAGCAAAAGCAGCAGAGAAACUUGCAGAUGAAAAGAUACACAAUCAAUCAAGAAACAACAAAACAGACAAUUCCACUGAUGAUAACAACGACGAAAAACAUUCAUCAUCAGAAUCAUCUAAUGGGAAGAUAAGACUAUCAAUUGAGGAAUACGAGGCAUUAAAACGAAAAGUAGAGGGAAUAAAGAAUGAUGCUGACAUAAAAGUAGCAACUGUCAUGGCACAAGUUGAAACUAUCAAUGCCAAUGAAAAACAAGCUAACGAAAAACUCGAGGUGUUGUUAAAGGAGAAGGAAGAUAUCAAAAUCGCGACACAAGAAGCAUUGAAAACAACAGAAAUGGCAGAAGCAGCAAAAUUGGUUGUUGAAGGAGAAUUGCAGAAAUGGAGAAUAAAGGAACAAGAAGAAGAAGAAGUAGAAAUUGGAGAAUCAUCUAAUGGAAAUGUUGAAGAGACAUAGAAGAGAAAAUUUGUAUAAAAUAAAAAUAAGAACUAUAGUAUAAAUUAUGGGAAAUUUUUAUGUAAUUUGGUGUAAUGUUUGUGUAUGUAUAUGAUUUUUUUUCCAUUUUUAUUAUUGAAGGCAUUCAAAUGUGCAGAAAGUAUAUGAAUGUCUAUUACCUUCGAGAAAUACAGAGUAUGAUUGCCUAUAAAUAGAUCAUUUUAGUUCUGUGUCAGGACUUCA